GCUUUUGCUGGGCCUCAGAAGAAAAGUUGUAGAACCUGGCGAGAUGGAGAAAGGAGGGCCUGUGCUGCCUAGGACUUAGUUGUGCGAGGGGACAUGCAUACAGCUGAGAUCGACCUUGCUAUUGAGGCUGCUUCACAGGAGCUGCUAAGAUGGGCAUGAGGAUCAAACUACAAAGCACCAACCACCCCAACAACCUGCUCAAGGAACUCAACAAGUGCCGGCUCUCGGAGACCAUGUGCGAUGUCACUAUUGUGGUGGGGAGCCGCUCAUUCCCCGCCCACAAGGCUGUGCUGGCCUGUGCGGCUGGCUACUUCCAGAACCUCUUCCUGAAUACUGGCCUUGAUGCCGCGAGGACUUACGUGGUGGACUUCAUCACCCCUGCCAACUUUGAGAAGAUCCUGAGCUUUGUCUAUACUUCGGAGCUCUUCACAGACCUGAUCAAUGUCGGGGUCAUCUACGAGGUGGCUGAGCGUCUGGGAAUGGAGGACCUUCUCCAGGCUUGUCACUCCACCUUUCCUGACCUAGAGAGUACUGCCGUGGCUAAGCCCCUGACCAGCACCAGUGACAGCCACUCUGCCACCCAGAGUUGUCCUUCGGCAGAUCCUGCGCAUCCCCUCGGAGAACUCCGGGGUGGUGGGGACCACUUUGCUCCUGAUAGAAGCUAUGUAUUGCCUGGUGAUGCGGGAGGAUGCUAUAAAGAGGAAGAGAGGAGUGUUACCAGUGACACUAAUCACAGCCUGCCGCUGCCUCUGCCGCAGCCGCCACCGCUUCCAAAGAUAGAAGACCAGGAGGCUCCUGUUCCGUUCACCUCUGUUCCUAGUAUGACGACCCAGCCAGUCCCAGGCACUGCCAGUAUGGGCAUCCAGACAAGCACAAGCUCUUGCCAGCCAUACAAAGUCCAAAGCAAUGGAGACUUCAGUAAAAACAGCUUCUUCACCUCUGACAGUGCCAUAGACAUCACUACUGGGACCAACUCCUGUCUGAGCAAUAGUGACCACUCCAAAGACCCGGGCUUCGGGCAGAUGGAUGAACUCCAGCUGGAGGACCUGGGAGACGAAGACUUGCAGUUUGAAGACCCCAGUGAGGAGAUUGGAACCGCUGAGGAGGUGAUUGAGCUGAGCGAUGACAGUGAGGAUGAGCUGGCCUUUGGAGAGAAUGAUAACCGGGAGAAUAAGGCCAUGCCCUGCCAGGUCUGCAAGAAAGUUCUGGAACCCAACAUUCAGCUGAUUCGGCAGCAUGCUAGGGACCAUGUGGACCUGCUGACGGGCAACUGCAAGGUGUGUGAGACCCACUUCCAGGACCGAAACUCCCGGGUGACUCAUGUCCUGUCACACAUUGGCAUUUUCCUCUUCUCCUGUGAUAUGUGUGAAACGAAGUUCUUUACCCAGUGGCAGUUAACCCUGCAUCGAAGGGAUGGAAUAUUUGAGAAUAAUGUCAUUGUCCACCCCAGUGAGCCGCUGCCUGGGAAACUGGGUCUCUUUCCAGGGGCAGUCUCUCCAGAGUUGAAAUGUGCUGCUUGUGGGAAAGCAUUGGCCAAAGAUUUCCAUGUGGUUCGAGGUCACAUCCUUGACCAUCUGAACUUGAAGGGCCAGGCCUGCAGUGUCUGUGACCAGCGCCACCUCAACCUUUGCAGCCUCAUGUGGCACACGCUCUCUCAUCUGGGCAUUUCAGUCUUCUCCUGUUCUGUCUGUGCCAGCAGCUUUGUGGACUGGCAUCUCCUAGAAAAGCACAUGGCUGUGCACCAAAGCCUGGAGGAUGCCCCUUUCCGCUGCCAUUUGUGCAGCCAAAGCUUCAGGUCUGAAGCCGCCUAUCGCUACCAUGUCAGCCAGCACAAGUGCAACAGUGGCCUUGACGCACGGCCUGGUUUGGGGCUACAGCACCUGUCCCUCCAGAAGCGGAAGCUGCCAGCAGAGGAGUUUCUGAGCGACGAGCUGGCUGUGCAGGGCCAGCCUGGCAAUAGCAAGUACAGCUGCAAGGUCUGUGGCAAAAGGUUUGCCCACACAAGUGAGUUCAACUACCACCGGCGGAUCCACACAGGUGAGAAACCUUACCAGUGUAAGGUAUGUCACAAGUUCUUCCGAGGCCGUUCGACCAUCAAGUGCCACCUCAAGACUCACUCGGGGGCGCUCAUGUACCGCUGCACAGUCUGUGGCCACUACAGUUCUACCCUCAACCUCAUGAGCAAACACGUCGGCGUGCACAAAGGCAGUCUCCCACCUGACUUCACCAUCGAGCAGACCUUCAUGUACAUUAUCCAUUCCAAAGAGGCCGACAAGAACCCGGACAGCUGACUGGGUCUCAGCAUAGCCCGGAGGAGCCCCCAGGUGAUAGCCAGGAGGGUGAUUUUUUUUUUUUUCUAAAGGCUAUUGGUUCCUCCAUGGCUGAAGCUGCAGUUUUGCCUUGCUUAGGAAUUCUACUCUUGUGUUGUGUUGAAAGAAGAAAUAGCACAUAAGCUGUUACUGUUUUUGAGAAGCAACAGCCCUAUUGCAUUUACCUCCAUACCUAUUCUUGCCCGUGAAGGGCUGCAUUCUUGAUUCCUUCAAGGCUGGUUUUAGGAUCUAGAGCAGCAGUUCUGUCACCUAGAUCCCCUUCCUCAGCCUCUCUAGUUUUAGUUUACUGAUGGGUUUUAUGCUGCUAAGAAUCCAGUCAACAGCCUCACUGGAUGGAGGAGGCAGGCGGAGAGGGGUUUUCACUGUGGGUGUGUUAACUGCCAAAUCUCCAGCUGGGGCAACGGCUAUGAGAGGAUGGUGAAUGUGGUCUGAAAUGACUAGGCUAGUCAGCCGGGCAGCUCACCUCCAGUUCCCAUACCUGCUCCACAGCAGGGACAGGGUCUUGGGUCAUGGGGGACUGCUGAAGCCCUAAUCCGAUUGGACAGUGAAAACCUUUAGGCAGCUAGGACCAAACUGGGGACCGAGGAUUCGGUUUAGGUCAGAAAGCUUUGGUUGUUCCAUGGUGCCACUAGAUGGGGCAACUGGGAUGGACAGAAAAGGCUCCUCUUUUUCUCCUCAUUUCCAAAGAGACAUGAUUUUGUAGAGUAAUGGCCCGGGAUAUCAGGCCUCCCCGCUCCAGGGCAGAGAGGACCGGAAGCUGCUUUGACAUGGUAAUUUGUCAUUCUAGCCACCUUCAGUAACCUUGAGUUUCCUGGUGGAGGAGGGGAUGUCUCUGACAGCAUAGCCUUGCCUUAAUUUACAUCCUGUCUCACUCCUGGAGGGUUUGGCUGAUAGUAUAGAUAAGACUUUGUGGAGUAGCUGGACGUGAGCCUUUCAGGAUCAAAGGGACCUGAGAAACUGGUGGUGUGUAGCAGGGUAUGCAUUCAGACUGUCCAGCUGGGUAACCUAUUUACCCUGUGGUAACAGUGCAGAAGCUUUCACCAGCUCAUCUUUGACCUCCUGGAAUUGAACCUGGUCUGUUGCUGCAUCGCCUCCAGGGGGCGCUCUUGAAUGGCAUCUGGUUUCAGGUCUCCAUGUGACUGUCAGGCUCCUUUUUUAGUUGGUCUUUGAAGGUGUCUUGCCCAAAGAAGGCUGGAGGAGAGGGCCCUUGACCUUGCAUACUUAAAAGGUGGCACCUCAGUAGCUCUUACUACCUCACCCUGCUCAGGUGAGCUAUAGGAGUCCCUGGCCGUGGGCCCAGCUGCAAAAUAUUACACCUGGUGGGACUCAGCAACACCCUGGGCUGUUUAAUAAGCAAGUUGUUAAACUCAAAAGCCUUUUUAGACAUUAAUAUUUAUUUUUUUUGUAUAUGUAUUACCCAGCAUCUCUCGUGGGUAAGAGUUCAGGAAAAUUAAUUUCUCCCUGUCAAAUAGCCAUAUUCUAAGGGAUGGUUGUGGCCAUGGAUUUGAGGAAGAGGAGUAUAACUACGGGAGACUGUCAAGUCUUUUAAGCAAGUACAUUUCAUUCUCACCAGGUCGUCUAGCAGAGUAAAUCCAGAGGCCCUUUAGGCAGUGGGUGUGAAUUCUAAGAAUUGGAACAGUUUUGAGUUCCCGCCCCUUUCAUUGAUGGCUUUGCCAUCCUGUGAUGGAGUAGAAGGGAGACCGAGUUGAGGGGGGGGAAUCAAGCCACUUGAAGGACCCUUUUGCAGUUUUCAUCCUUCUAACUUGGGAAAUCCUCAUUCUUAAGACACAGGUAAACCAAAGUGCCAUCCCUGUUUGGUUUGACACCUCUCCCCAGCCCUAGAUUGCGAAAGCCUGGAGCUGGCGCAUUGUACGCACUGGUGGGUUCAAGUAACGGGACUCAGAGUGAGUGCUCAGUUGAAGGCUUCCUUUCACCAUCUAAACCCAAUUUGUGACAUUGUCAAUAGGAAGUCAGUGCUGAGGCUACAUUCCUGACUGCCCACUUGGCUACACUGACCAUUAGGAAUCUGAGAAGGGAAUGUAUGAUAGACUAGUUAAGUAUCUGCCGAGCUUUCCAGGCAGGGGAACCCUCCCUAGACUCUUGGCGAGGAGUGAAUGUUGGGUGCUGGUUUCUGGAGAUGGUACCUACUGGAACCCAGUCAGUCAGGUCAGGUACCUGAGAAACUUCUCCAUAAAAGAUGGCAUCUUGGAUGCUAGGUGGUAAGUCUUCUUACCCUGAAACUGUGAAGUUUUCCCUUUUUUUUUUUUUUUGCCAGUAAACCAAAAAAAUAGACCUUUGAGUUUUGCCCCAAGACACUAUAAACAAAAGAACUGUACCCUCCGACCCCCAAGGCUAAGUAGUCAAUCAGGGAGGCUCAGUUGGUCCUAGUCAGACACGUACAUAGCAAGCAGAAUCCGUAGCUCAUGAGGGUCAGUGACCAAGCCCUGUCCCGUGUGAGUGGUCUCACGGUCACGCGCGACCCACCCUUCCCUGUGUGCUGUUUCUGCCACUGGCUGUUUGAGCUGGGUUACUUAAAACACUAUGUGGUUGGUGGCACUGCCCUCCAAGACACCUGUGGAAGAUACUGCAUUUUCAUCUGUUGCCUCUUCUUUCUUGGAGCCCCGUUUUAGCACUGUACCCCGCUGUGUUGUCCUGGAGUUGUUUAACCCACAAGCUAUCUAAUGCUCACAAACCAUUAGGCAUUUCCAGGUGGCUCUUCGUAUAGCAUGAAGCUGAACUCAGACCACUCCCAGCUUGUUCCCAAGGGGGAAUGACAGUGCUUUUUUGUGGCCACAGGACCUAUGUGUCCUGUCAUGCUGGUGACCCCUGUCCACUUACUGAUACCACAGACGUGCUGGAAGUUCUGCUGUACCCUAGUUUUCGUUCCUAGAUUUUAAGACUCCAUGGAGUCCCUAUAGUUCAUGGCUGGUCAGAAAGAAAGGAGGCAAGGUAGAGGUUGGGCCCAGGUAACUGUAAGAACCAGAAAUGGGUCAGGUACCUAUUGGCAACUGCAUCUUCAAGAUGAAGCCUUGGGCUUGGGCUUGGGCUUGGGCUUCGUACCUUUGACCCAGUCGGGACUUGGCUACUGAUAACUUUCUUCCUUUUCUGGCUUCCUGCUGUGUUCUUUUUUUCAGACCUCAGACUACUUGACUUUGAAUUUAAAUCUCUUUAUAGAUGGACACUGAAUUUGUUGGCAUGGGCGUUAGCUGUAUGGAGUGGUCUCUGCCCACUUGGAAGUCCCCAUAUCCUUUCCCCUAAAUCCUGUACCAAGUGAGUCAGGAAGCAGGGCAUUAGCUUCAGUGUGGCUGUGUGUAAACAUCAGAAUGAAAAUGAAACCUUUGACUUUGAUGUUUAACACCUGUCAGUCUCCCCAGCCUGCCCUGUCUCUAGUAGCUAAAGUCUAUUAUGAAGCAAAGAAGAGUUGUUGCUGUCUAACUCCUUCCAUUAAAUUAAGAAGUACUGACCUCUGAAUAUUUAAGUGUUUACUAUCUAUUGCUGUAAAGUUUUGUAUAUUUUGUAAACCUUUUUUUCUCCAAAUAGUAGAUGUCUAAAAUCGUUGUACAUCUGAUUCUUUUAUAUUCCAUUGUUCAGCAAAAA